AUGUACCUGACUCCAAUGUCGCUCUGCGAUUCGGGCAGUCCGGUGCGCCAUGCCGUCCUUUCAAUUGCAGCUAGUCAUCUGGCAGUCGCGGAUUCUAAAUCUGAUUCAAGCCGGAGUCACGCUCUCGCUAUUGCGGCGCAAAAUUAUCGUAUCAAGACCAUCGCGUCCCUGAGAGAGACAUUGGCUCAAGAUCUAGCACUCGCCGCCCAAAAUGAUGCUGCGAUAGCUUCGAUUCUGCUCCUCGAGAUCAGUAAGCAAUUCGACAAUUCCAGCGACAGCGAUGUCAACCAUCUCAUAGGCGCAAAGGAGAUGAUCGUAGCUCGAGGCGGUCCGCAAUCCAUGACGACGCCGUCUGCGCGCUUCCUCUUGAAUCAAAUACUCUACCACGACAUGCUAUCCGCGGUCUCCGGGGGCACCGAGCCGUUGAUAUGUCACUACUGGCCGUGCAAAGAACGAGGUGCAUGUACAUCUCCGUCCGUUGAUCUGGAAUCCUCAAGAGGAUACCAUCCGGCAAUCAUGCAAGCCGUGGCCCGGGUCAGCAAGCUCAAGGUACGAAAGGACGACGCCACCUUUACAUUUGAUGGCAACGAAGACGAUGGAACCAACGUGGCUUUAGCAGAUCUUCUAUUGGUUGGGCAACAGGUCGAAAAUGAGCUGUUGUCCAUGAACUUUUCAGCCAGUCCAUCGGAUCAUCAAAGACACACAACAGAAGCACACCGCUCAGCUGCCCUCAUUUACCUCUACCGGGUCAUCUACGACAUUGGAGCUCCGCACGAGCUUACGCUAUCUCAGGUACGGCGAUGCAUCGACUCUAUGGCUUCUGUACCUAUCUCAUCGCCUCUGAUAUCUGCCCAUGUCUGGCCGCUGUUUACGGCUGGAUGCGAGGCGACCGAGCCAGAGGACCGCGAGUUUGUCAAGCAGCGACUGAUGACCAUGUAUAAACUGCGAAAAAUACAGUCAUUACGGAAGGUGUAUGAGUUAAUGGAACAGGUGUGGCUAAGUAAAGAUUACAGCCAUACUAUGGAAGGUGCCGAAGAGAUGAGCCGGGUUGGUUGUAUUGAGGUUGUCAAGGGAUUAGGAGAGAUGUUACACCUCGUUUAA